AUGAAAAAACAAACUCUCAUUAGUAGUCUUUGUAAACGAAAAUACCAAGAAAAUGAUGAUUUGGGUGCAACUCCUAGUUCAAAUAUUAUUGACGAUAAGCAAGAAAAUGAAGAUAUUGGUCCAAAUUCAAAGAAUGAUAUUGAUAUGCAAGAAAAUGAAGACAUCAGACCAACUCCAAGUCCAAUUAUUACUUUGGCUUCAAGUCCUUCAACACGAAACAAAAUCGAUUUGAAUGAUCUUCCUUCGGAUCCCUCCGAUAGACCGCCUAUUACUAGUUAUCAUCUAAAUCAAAUAUACGACAUAAGAAGAGCGUAUCUUGUUAAAAAGGCUUUUCAACCACGAGGUCAUCACUUUAAAUGGACAAACUAUUCUAGUGGCCGAAGACGUUUUAAUGUUAAAUGGUUUGAUAAAUAUCAUUGGUUGGAGUAUAGCACUAAACAGGAAAAAGCAUAUUGUUUAUAUUGUUACUUGUUUAAUGAAAGUGUUGGUAAUAAAGGUGGAAGAGAGACUUUUGUAAGUGAAGGAUUUUGUAAUUGGAGUAAACCGGGUGCCUUAAAAGAACAUGUUGGGUUAGUUAAUAGCAUACAUAAUAAGGCGGCGCAAAAAUGUGAAAAUCUUUUGAACCAAAAGCGAUCCUAUGAUGCGAAUGAAAAAAGGCGUAACAAGGAAAGAAGGAUUGGAAAUCAGUAUCGAUUAAUGGGUGUGAACAACCCGGAUAUUGGUAAGUACACUUUAGGGAAGGCCAAGAAGAAUAAUAAGUUGACAGCUCCAUCGAUUCAAAAAGAGAUUGCCGAUUGCUAUGCGAAAGAAGUAACCAAAAUGAUUUGUGAAGAAAUUAAAGACGAUGUCUUUGGGCUAUUAGUAGAUGAGUCUAGCGACGUGUCUUUAAAGGAACAAAUGGCCGUAGUUGUGAGAUAUGUCGAUAAGGUCGGAGUACUUAAAGAGAGUUUAAUUGGAGUUGCUCAUGUGAGGAAUACAUAUUCUUUAACUCUUAAAGAAGCCAUCGUGUCUUUAUUAGCCGAUAACCAUUUAAGCAUAAAUCAAGGGUCAAGGUUAUGA